AUGUCUGCGAACCACCGCUGUAAAGAAUUCCAGACCAUCAAGAAGCUAACUCAUGGCGGCGACAACGGCACUCAAAAUGCCGGCAUAUACCUCAGCAAGCACCUAGCCACCAACAAAGUGUACAUUGAAAAGCGCAUCGUCACUUCAGGCUACGCCAGGCGCGAAAUCCAAGCCAUGCUGCUAUGCCAGAGCCAUCCACACCUCGUCCACAUCUUCAAAUACCACGUCAGCGGGCCCUAUGCCUCCAUCUACAUGCAGCACUGCGAGCUGGGCAGCCUCGACGCCCUGAUCCUCCGCUACAACGCACGCAGCACACGUCUCCAGGACGAGGGCUUUCUGUGGCGCGUAUUCUGGGACCUCGCACUCGCCGUGUGUUUUCUCGCAACAGGCCAGGACUACGCCGGCACACGGCAGCGCGCCAUCCAGGGGCGAAGCGUACAGCAGAGCCCCAGCUGGAUCCCGUUUCUCCACCGCGACAUCAAGCCCGGCAACGUCUUUAUGACGUGGACUAACCCUAUGGCCGCCGACGCUCUCACGGUGUAUCCAUCUAUUGUGCUAGGCGACUUUGGCUGUGUUGUUUCACCCACGGAUCUCUAUUCGCGCCACAAGGACCUGCUCGGCCAAGGCGACCCGCGCUUCGAGCCACCCGAAGAAACCUUCUGUGCGCAAAGCGACGUCUUCGGCAUCGGCGUCGUCCUGCACUGUCUAGCCAGGAUGACCCACGUCCCCUCGGACGCUAUCCACAGCGAGCUGGUGCUGGGCCGCCAGUACACGGGUUCCUUGCAGCUUGUGCAGCUCGCCAGACACUGUCUUGCGGCUAGGCCUGAAAACAGACCUGCGCCGCAGCAUCUGCCCAGGAUGGUAUUCGAGGGAUUCCGCGUGUGGCGCCAGUGUAGAAGGAAUGACGGUGCGGCUCUGCCCGCUUGGGCUUUUGGCUUAAAUGCCAAAAUCCAGUAA